GUUUCUAUAGACAACCAUAUCGAUUUAAUAUGUUUCGAUUACGCACAAAAGUUACAUUCGCCACAAGUCAUUGCUCGGCUGGGGAUAACUGAUAAAAAAGGUGAAAUGCCGGAAAAGAGUAAGAAGAAAAAGGGAAAUGGAUCAGACAAGAAGGAGAAGAAGAAACCCCAGAAAUCGAAAAAAGGUGGUAAAAAAGGUAGAUACAAGAGUGCAAGGUUUGCUGUGGAUAUAUUCACAGAGGCAGCCAUGGAAAACGCUUAUACCACAUGUCAUAACGUCCAAGACUUAUUAAAAAACAGGGGGUUCCCCUGGCCCGAUGCGCAGAAAAAGAAAAAGAAAGGAAAGAAGUAAGCUUGUGAAAUAAAAUCACCAUUAUUGUAUCUCAAAACGAAGAAAAUAAAUAUGU